AUGGUGUUGCCAGCAGUCAUUGAAGGAUACGAUGUUUCUCGCAUAUUCAUUGAUGGAGGAAGCAGCAUAAAUCUCAUUUAUGCGGAUACGUUGAGGAAGAUGAACAUCUCAUUGGCUAACCUAUCACCAACAGAUACACGUUUUCAUGGCAUCACACCUGAGAAACCAACUUAUCCUUUGGGCAAAACAACACUCGACGUACAGUUCGGAACCAAAGAAAACUUCAUGAAGGAAAAACUCGAGUUUGAGGUCAUCGAUUGGCCAUCGCAGUAUCAUGAUCUUUUGGGACGACCAGCAUAUGCCAGAUUCAUGGCAGUGCCGCACUAUACAUAUCUGUUGUGGAGGAUCCCUGGUCCUAAGGGCCCAAUAACAGUCAAAGGAAGUUUCGCUCUAUCUGAUAAGUGCGAUAGGGACUUUCACAAGAUUUCUAAAUCAUUCGAGAUGCAGGCUGAGUAUGAGGCAACCAAGCUCACCACCAACCACGACGUCUUACCAGACGGAGGUAGAUCCUUGCAAGAGCAAGCUUUCGACACCUCUAAGGACACCAAGGAAGUUCAGAUCCACCCGACAGAUCCUAAAAAGAUGACAUCCAUCGCUACCAACUUGGAUAGCGCAUAG